AUGUAUGUCUCAAAGGAUAUUAGGUAUCCAAGUGGAUUCCUAACCAAACAAGGUGGCAGAAUCAAGAACUGGAAGACAAGAUACUUUGUAAUCAAACAUAAUACUAUAUCAUAUUAUAAGAGUGAGAAUGAUCGAAAGUCAUGUGGAUUCUUUAUGUUAGAGGAUGUGGACAUUACUAUUAUAGAUCACAAGACAUAUACAUUUAUGAUACAUCCAGUUGGUAAACUAAAGAGGAUAAAGGCGUUCAAGUUUGAUGCUGCCGAGUCAUUACUGUCGUCCAAUCAUAAAUCCUUCAAAUUACGUGCCACCUCCAUCGAGGAGAUGAACCUCUGGAUCAAGGAGAUAAGACAGCGUAUACAAUAUACUCCUACUCACUUGGAUGAGCCAACUACCACCUCAUCAUGCGCUGGUGGACCAUGUAAUACCAAAGCUACUCCUGUUGCUGCUGCCACCAUUGUCGUGCCAGUUUCUGCGCCAAUAUCGACCGAGUAA